GUUACGGCGCGAGCGUGGUCACGUGCCCGCUGGUCACCGCCGCCACCUCCCGCCCUCCUCUUGCCGCUCGGGCCGGCAGGUUCCACGAGAGAGCCCGGCAGACUGAGGGGGAAAGAGAGCGAGCGAGCGAGCGAGCGAGAGACAGAGAGAGAGAGAGAGAGAAAGAGAGAAAGGAAGGAGGGGAGGAGGAUUCAGGGAGUAGGAGCUGGGGAGCCCUGCUGCGCACAGAGAGGUUCUGAUGGCUGGGUGAAGAGAGGAAAACGGCAGAAAGGUUGAAGUGCUGUGAUACUUUUUUACACUUGGAAAGAAGCUGCCCUGUAUCUCUAAAGUUGAGAACACUGUGACUCCUCUAGGGCUGGGAUUAAAGAUGUGCACCAUGAACUCCUGGUUUCUGUGACAAAUUAAUGUGACUACUGGGAUUAAAGAUGUGUGUCACCACUGCCUGGUAAUUACUUUUGGUGACUGUCUCCUCUUUAUGCAAUGUAUCAGUCCAUAUCUGAAACCAGACACCCUCUGCAGUCAGAAGAACAGGAAGUAGGCAUUGACCCCUUGUCCCGCUAUUCACAUAGGUCUGGAGGAGAUCCAAGUCAAAAUGGGAAAAGAACAAAUUCUACCUUAGACUCUGAAGGAACCUUUAAUUCAUAUAUGAAAGAAUGGGAAGAACUAUUUGUAAACAACAGUUACUUGGCAACAAUAAGACAGAAGGGGAUUAAUGGGCAGCUAAGAAGCAGCAGGUUCCGCAGCAUCUGCUGGAAGCUCUUUCUUUGUGUUCUUCCUCAAGACAAAAGUCAAUGGAUAAGUAGAAUUAAAGAACUAAGAGCAUGGUAUAGCAGUAUUAAAGAAAUACAUAUCACUAAUCCAAGGAAAGCUGUUGGCCAACAGGAUCUGAUGAUCAACAAUCCCCUUUCACAAGAUGAAGGAAGCCUUUGGAACAAGUUCUUCCAGGAUAAAGAAUUGCGGUCCAUGAUUGAGCAGGACGUCAAAAGAACAUUUCCUGAAAUGCAGUUUUUCCAACAAGAAAAUGUGAGAAAAAUUCUUACAGAUGUUCUGUUUUGUUAUGCUAGAGAAAAUGAGCAGUUGCUUUAUAAACAGGGUAUGCAUGAGCUGCUAGCACCUAUCAUCUUUGUUCUUCACUGUGACCACCAAGCUUUUCUACACGCCAGUGAGUCUGCACAGCCCAGUGAGGAAAUGAAAACUCUGUUGAACCCUGAGUUUCUGGAGCACGAUGCCUACGCAAUGUUCUCACAGCUUAUGGAAACUGCUGAACCUUGGUUUUCUACUUUUGAGCAUGAUGGUCCAAAGGGAAAAGACUCUCUGAUGACACCCAUCCCCUUUGCUAGACCACAGGAUUUAGGGCCAACAGUUGCCAUUGUUACUAAAGUCAACCAGAUCCAGGAUCACCUACUGAAGAAGCAUGAUAUUGAGCUCUACAUGCACUUGAACAGGCUAGAAAUUGCACCACAAAUAUAUGGCUUGCGAUGGGUGCGGCUGCUGUUUGGGAGGGAGUUCCCACUACAGGAUCUGCUGGUGAUCUGGGAUGCCUUGUUUGCAGACGGCCUCAGCCUGAGCUUAGUAGAUUAUGUCUUCAUAGCCAUGCUACUCUAUAUCCGAGAUGCUUUAAUUUCUAGUAACUACCAGACCUGCCUCGGCCUUCUGAUGCAUUAUCCACUCAUCGGAGACAUACACUCACUGAUCCUUAAAGCUCUGUUCCUUAGAGACCCAAAGAGAAAUCCAAGGCCUGUAACUUACCAGUUCCACCCCAAUUUAGAUUACUACAAGGCACGGGGAGCAGACCUUAUGAAUAAAAGCCGGACCAAUGCCAGAGGUGCUCCCCUGAAUAUACACAAGGUCUCCAACAGCCUGAUUAACUUUGGAAGAAAGUUGAUUUCCCCAGCCUCGGUUCCAGGCAGCAUGGGUGGCCCUGUGCCUGGGAGCAACAGCAGCGGCUCUUUCUCUGCUGCCAUCCCCACCUCUGAGGAAGCCCCAAGGCAUCAUGUGCAGCAGCAGCGACAGCAGCAGUGGCAGGGGCAGCAACAGCAGCAGCGGCAGCAACAGCAGCAGCAGCGGCAGCAACAGCAGCAGCGGCUGAUGAAAUCUGAAAGCAUGCCGGUACAGUUGAACAAAGGCAACGUAGUUACAGGAAGCAGUGCUCAGAUCUCUGUUCCUGUCCAGGCUCUAACUGACCUCCAAGGGCAAAAUUCUAAGAUCAUCAGUCCAACCUCAAGCAUCGAGAGUUUGCCUGGGGGAAGAGAGUCCUCUGGCUCCCCACCUUCAUCAGCUUCUAAAAAGGAUUCCUUUUUCAGCAGCAUCGCGCGUUCCCGCUCACACAGCAGAACUAUAGGGAGAAAAGAGUCCGAAGAGGAAUUGGAAGCCCAGAUUUCCUUCCUCCAAGGACAGCUGAAUGACCUAGAUGCUAUGUGCAAGUACUGUGCCAAGGUCAUGGACAUGCAUCUUGUUAAUAUUCAAGAUGUGGUAUUACAAGAGAAUUUGGAAAAAGAAGAUCAAAUUCUGGUUUCCUUGGCAGGUUUAAAACAGAUCAAAGACAUUCUGAAAGGUUCCCUGCGCUUCAAUCAGAGCCAACUGGAGGCUGAGGAGAAUGAACAGAUUACCAUUGCGGAUGAUCACUACUGCUCCAGCGGCCAGGACCAGAGCCACCAAGUUCCUAGGGCCACCAAGCAGGCCCCUUCAGAGACGCCGGGCUGCACAGGUGGAGGGACCCCCGAUGACUUCAUUCUGGUUAACAAAGAAGAUGAGGGGCGCAGUGCCAGGGGGGCCUUCUCAGGCCAGUCCCAGCCUCUUCUCACCCUCAGAAGCACAUCUGGGAGGAGCAGAGCAGCCUGCUCCCCAUUGGUAUUCUCAGACCCCUUGAUGGGCCCAGCCUCAGCCUCCUCCAGCAACCCCAGCUCCAGCCCUGAUGACGACAGCAGCAAAGACUCUGGCUUUACCAUCGUCAGUCCCCUGGACAUCUGAACACAGGGACCCGACUAGUGGAGACCCUGCUGCUGAACUAACUUUUUUUUCCCAGCAUGCAUUUUGGCACUGGCACACCCAUCCUUUAACAAGAGGUUUCCUCUUUUCGUGCCCUAUGUUCACCAGAAGUGCAGGUAGAGCUUUCCACCUGACCCUGUGACCCUUGCUCUGAGCUAGGGCGAAGUCAGGCACCCAGCUCCGUGCCCACUGUCAGACAGACCACAGUUUGUGUCACCGUCUUCCAUCCUCCUCCCCAGCAGCUCUUUCGGCUGCACCUAGCGGGAGGAGCUGCUUUCAGGACUUCCUGUUAGCAAGGCUUUGGCGAUCUGGCAGCCAGCCUCCCUGCUGCCUUCAGAAGCCGUGCUGCACUCAGAGUGAACUGGAGAUGCAGGGGCUCAGAUUAGGACUCAGAUUCUGGUUUGACUCGAGUACAUUUCCAGGCCCUGUGCUGAAUAAACUUCAGCCUCCACUGUUCUCCCUGAACUGCAUUUCACCUUCUAGAAUCUCCACAGGCAUGAAGCAUGAGGCGGCUGUAAACUAAGGUGGCCUCUUACAAUGAGCAGCAUAAAGGGAAAUCACAUUUCCACGACCAAGAGCCAAACCCCACUGGGAAUUAGAUUUGGGGUCCCUUCUGUGGGAGCAGGCUUCCCAAAAAGCAUUCCAGGGGCCAGAAGAAUCCAGGGCCCCUACUCAGCCCGCCCCACUCUGAUGCUCAGCUGUAAAGUCAUCCGGGUACUGCUUCAAGGAUGGUUCUGCAUGCCCUGUGCCCUGCCUGGGCUGCCACAGCUGUGCCACCUCCUUUGCUGGCAGAGUCAGAGCUGUGCCGGGCACUCUUUCCUGCAAGGAGAAGGGCUUUCUGUGCCCAAGCUGGCACUCCACUGGGGACAGUGGGAACUGUUGGCAGAUGUAGCACCUGCUACACUUGCCUUGUGUCCCUCCUGCAGAGGGCAGUAGCCUCUGGGCAGUGUCCCCCUCCUUCCCAGCACUGCCUUUCUCUGCAGACAAGUACACUGAUGUGUGAUGCUCCUCCAUCUUGGAAACAGGGACACUGAAGUCCUCCCCUAUGAGGACUUUUUAGCUGUACUAGAUGGCAGGGCUCAGCCAGUGCCCGAUGAGCUCUGCCCCUUCCUCGGACUAGUCCUCUAGCACUCUAAGGAGGCUAGUUCCAUGUCCCAUGAAGACAUAAGAACCAGGGCCACCACAUGGUGGGCAUCCAUCCUCCGAGGGAAGGUUGCCCUCAGCCGCUUCACAGAGGCAUCCGUACCCUUAGCCCUAAGGAAGUAUUUACUCACCCCUCCAGGCCUGCUACAGUGCUGGCCAUGUCUGCCCCAGCUGAGACACUGUCCCCAACAUUCUCUCUGCUUUGAGAAGAAGGGUCAUAGCUGAGUGUUAUUGUCUAUCCACGGAGCCAAGAAGGUGACAGGCUGAUUCCCUGCCAUUUGAAUGGGCAUUUCACAGUCUUUAACCUACCUGCCCUGCCCGUGCCCCAUCCUGUGCUGUGUGAGUGCCCCGUGAGAGCUCCUGGGUUCACACGGAGAUGUUUCUGUGGUCCCCAGUUAGCCCGCUUUUCUGCUUGGAGAGUGCUAUGUUUACUAGGUGACUUCACUCUUCCUGUUGAACAUUGCUUCCCUUUCUGUCCCGACGUUGCUGGUGCAGAAUGUGUUCCUCCCCUGUGCGUUAUCAGGUACUCUAUCUAACUGCACAUUUUAAAACCCUGGAUAUUGAACUUUUUUCUUUAGCCACUUGGUAAUCAUCCGUUCUGAACGCUCACAUUUUGAUUGUAGCAGCUAAAUACAGUUUAUAUAUAUAUGCCAAGCUUAGAUUACUCCCCAUUGUCAUUUACUUUUUUAAACAUGUCUCUGUUUCACGCAAUCCUCUCUGAUCAGAUUGGAAUUGUGAGUUAAAACAUUCCGGUGUGCUCCAGAGGGUCACAGACUUGCCUUGUCUUACAGGUUUGCUGUGGUCGUGGGGCCUUCCUGGUUUAUUUCGUCAAAGAUGACCUGCUGUUCUGCGCUAACUGCAGCUUAAAAAGAAAAGAAAUGACCACACUGCCAAAUAAGUAUAGCUCUAGAGCACAGCCUCUCCCUGGGACUUGCCUCCUCCCGUGUGCAGGGAUGGCUGUGCUGGACGAGCAUGCAGGUGCUGCCCUUAGUGGCAGGAGAGCUGAAGAAAUGCAAAGGAUCCCCUAGCCAUAGCGCCAGUGUUGGUGCAGGUUGCUGUUUUUGUAACAGCUCUCCCAGUGGCCACUCAAGGACAAAGUGGGGAGUACCUAUGGCCCUGUGUCAGCCAGUUCUAUCUUUCCCCAGGACACAGUCCUGGCCUCUGCCUUUAUCCAGAGUGGGAGCUACUAGGACGUAGGAGCCUGGAGAAGAGGCUGUAUACACAGAGAGCUAUCAAGCCAGGCCUCUUCACUGAUCAGAUGCCUUCCUCCAUGCUAGGCAAAUCCUUUUUCUGGUAAGAAAUAACAAGUUCAUAUACCCAGUCUCAGGACCAUGUUGGGGUAGAAGUUGUAGUUCUGUUCAUGAGGCUCCAUUAUCUGCUUAACGAUGUCCUCAUGAACCUCGGUGCUGGAACUCAGGCUAAUAAUGUAGGAAACGACUCCUCCUUUGGGAGAGUGACCCCAUUCUUCCAAGAACCUAGCUCUGAGGUCAUGCAAGCACAGAAGCGCCUGGCCAGGUGCAGCUGGUGCCGUCCAUGGCUUGGCCUCACCUGCUUUUCCUUCCUUUGUAACAUGGGCAACCUUCACAGCCUCCUGAAACUGCUUCCUUACCUGCAUGAUACCACCAAUGCUGUCUGCCCUUGUCAGCCCAGCGAGGUUAAGACAUUGGAAGAGCAGGUGUGAAGUGAGUGGCAGAGCCAUUAGGGAGGAUUGUGGGUCCAGAAGUGCCACUCCCAUUGACAGUGUGGGCUACAGAGGCCUUUUGAUGUGGGGCCCUCCCCAUGGCAGUCUCCUGCAGCAGAGGAUUUGCCACAGGGUAGGAAUGGGGAGGUCAGAGCACUUUACAUCUUAAAUGACACAUAGGGAGGACAGAGUGGGGGGCACCUGUAGUUUAGAUGAAGCCCAGGAGCCAGCAAAUGAGCAGUCAUUUAGCAUGUGCUGAGGCAGCUUCAGGCUCCCAGGCAGCCAGUGAUGAAAGCAUGGCCCAGGAGCCACAAGCCCUCAUAGGCACAGGGACUAGCUCACUGGACCUUUGGGGCCUUCUCCAGACCAGUAAUAGCCCCACGUGUGCCAGAAGUGCCUCACCCCUGUCUCCAACUGUCCUUCUACCUAGUUCAGCUCUCUACCUGAGGACUUCACUUAGAGGCUCUGGUGUUUGAGCCCCGCUUCUACCUUGGGAACACCCUAGGCCAGUACUGGCUGUUUGCCUUUGGGUUGGGCUUGUUUUGCUGGGUCCUUCCCAUUGAGCCUGCUCCUGCAACUCCAUUCUUCCUGUUUCCAAACUAAAGGCUGAGCCUGAAGAUACUGCUAGGUAGAGCUAUCAGCAGGCCCCAGGCGUGGCUAGGUAGAGCUAUCAGCAGGCCCCAGGCGUGGCUAGGUAAAGCUAUCGGGCAGCCCUGGGGCAAGGCAGGGCUGCUCCUGCUCCGGACACAGGAACCAGCCAAAGCCAGGGCAGCCCCUCUAUGUGUGAGUUUUGGAAUCCAGGUCUACCCAUUUGCCAGUUGGUCCUUAUGGAGUUGAUUCUAGCACUCCAAAGUGGACACUUUGACUGGAAGCCAGCCUCUGAACUCUAAACACAUCUGUUGUAAGACAGAUGUGGGAAGAGGCAACAUUUCUACACGGAGGAGGGGGGCUCCCAGGCAGGGGGGGCUCCCUCUACAUCUGCUCACUUUUGUCUACAGAGAUAUAGCUGCAUUAUCUCAAAGAGGGAGACUGCCUGUGUGCUAACGACACAACAGCUCCUUAAAUUCCAGAAAGGGCAGGAGGGCCAUGCCUGCAUUAGGAGAAGCUCCCAUAGGUGAAGGGAGCCCAGAUGAAGGCCUCCAUCCAGUCUGGGAGGAGAGUCUGUGGUGAGCGGUGGGCACACCUUCCUGCUCAGGAAAUGCUAGGCACUAGUUGCAUGGUAGCUUCACAGUGGCUGCAGAGGUUGUGUUCCCCCCAGAGGCACUUGAUAUGAGGGGUAACUUCACUCUGUGACACUCUGGAGCACACUCAGACCCCCCAGUGACCAUGGGAAGCCAGUGUCAGAAUUCUGGCUGUAGUUAAGAAAAUCAGGGGAACUAGUGGGAGUACUACACACCUUUAAUUCCAGCACUCUGGAGGCAGAGGCAGGUGGAUCUCUGCGAGUUUGAGGCCAGCCUAGUCGCCAAAGCAAGUUCCAGAAUAGCCAGGGUUGUUAUAUAGAGAAAACCUAUCUCAAAAAAAGAAUAAAAAACAAAAAUGAGGGGAUGGGUGCCAUCUUCCUACCAAAGAAUUACAACCAAUUAAGCCCACCAUGCAGAGAUGGUCAUUCACCUCAACCUUCCCACAGUACCCUUGACCCUCAACAUGGCAUAGCAAGUUCCUGCAUCCUUGUGCCUACCCCGAUCCACAGCUACUCAGCUGCCAAAGCCAGGUCCUACUGUCCCGUUCAUAGCCUCCCUGUCCUCCAAUUAGCCCACUGUAGAUAAGGCCUUGUCCCUAUCCAUUACAUGUGCCUCACUCCUCUGAGUCUCCAGCUCACCUUCCUCUAAAGCAGAGGCAACCUCAUCUUCGCCCCAGUAUGUUCCCACCCCAGCCUGUUCUACCCACCCGCACAGCAUCCUGAGCUAGCACACUGUGGGGAGGGAAGCACGUCCUGACGGGAUGUGUAUUGCUGACACAGACACUGCGGGUCAAGAACUCCUAAGCCUCAGUCCCACUCAAGUGGAGCCUUCCUCUGAGUCCCAGUGUGAGUGGUUAUGUUUGGUUGGCCAGUGUGUGCAAAGAUGCUUAUAACCCAAGACUGCUCACCUACAGAGGCCUCCAUUAGAGAAUGCGUAACCUCUCUCUGUGCUGUGCCUAAUAAACAUGCAGCAGCUGCCGGGUGGGGCGGUCCCCUCCCAACUUUACCAUGUCUGUGUGUUUGUCCUUUGUUCAUUCCCUUAUUUCCCCUAGUCAGAGUUCCAGGACCAAAGUCACACAAAGCAUGGCAGACUGUAGAGACAAGUUGUACCCCCAGGCCUUCCCUGGUUACAUCCCAGGCAAACUAACUGGUGGAGGUGGUUUUAAGAUUUGGGAAGGGUAGUUCUGCAGCAGUAAGUAGCUUUCAACCACGCCCAAGCUAGCGGGACUCAUCCAGAGCUCCUGUCCUGAGGCCAUGGGUCUUCCUCAGCCUUCCUUCCCACCGCUGUGCAGAUUCACUUCCAAGUCAGCAGUCACCGUGCCCUCCUUGAAAAGAAGGCCCACACGGUAGCCUCUCCUUUAUUGAGGAUCUGCCUGGGACUAGAGACUUGCCAUGAAAAGAUGGGUCUCUAGCUUUUUGGGAACUUGCAGUAAACCAGUAAGAUGUAGCACAUGGCAGAUCAGCAGAAGGGACACAGGCAGCUGUGAUGGGGUAGAAAGUCCGCUGCUCCAGCGGGAACAUGGCAAAGGCCAGAGCCCUGGGAUAGAUGCCAGUGUUGGGAGGUGUUAGUGUCUGCCAGGCCUGCAUGCCUCGUCACCCUGGAGACGCCAUAGUUAUGUCCAGUCCCCCUCCCAUUUAAGAGGGACACUGGCAGGGAUAUCACUGUGCCUCCUUUCCCCAUCUCUAGGGUGGGAUGCUUGUAUUGCCGGCCCUGCAGCAGUGGUGUAUGUGAUUGUACCUGGUUGUCACCCACGUAGCUCACAGGGCAGGUUCUGUAUGGCGGUCAGACUGUGCCAGUGAAGCCCAGGAUGCCAUCAGCUUCUUGGUUCAAGGCUCUGCAUGACAGCAGCAACUUCCUAGCUUUAAUCACAAAAGCCUGAGCCGGAGCCCAGACCCGAUGGCUGGCCAGCUAAAGAGGAAAACCACACUGGAGAGAUGGCUCUGCAGUGGAGACCCUGCUGUACCAGAUGCCCCAGGUUCAAGUCACAGCUCUCAUGGCAGCUCACAACUGACUGUAGCUCCAGUUCCAGGGGAUCUGACAUGCUAACACACACAUGCAGGCAAAACACCAAUGCACAUUAAAAAAAAUUUAAAAAAAAAAAAAAAAAGUGCCAGGCCAGCAAAUGCGUGAAGCAGAACAGCGCGACAGGGUGGGAGCUGCUGGCUUCUCAGAAUCCUGUUUCUCGGAGAUUCACAGAAAGUCUGUGGCAGGCCUUGCAGAGAGGCUAGCCACAGGGUCACCUAGAGGUGGUCAGGCAAUAGCCAUACUUCACCCCACCCCACCCCUGAGCUGAUCUGGGGACUGAGGCAUGCAGAGUGCGAAUUUCAGAGCCACCCCUCCUUUGAAUUUGGUCGGCCAGGAAACGGUGGCCACCCACCACCACCAAGCCUUUUCUCCAUCCCAUCAUGAAAAUAAGUUGUCUCCCUCAUUAUUAUAUGCUUAUUCCAUUGAGAUUGUUUUUAGAUAUGCAUAUCUUUUAAGAUUUCCAUAUGGAUUUUCAAAAGGCCUUACUGUUAGUUGUCCCUCCUUUACCCUGCCCUCUCAUUUCCCUAUUUAAUCCUAGUUUUAAUUUAAUUCUAGUUUCCUGUUUAUCCUUUUAUAAUACUAUGUUCUAUUCCCCCUCCCCCAGCUAAACACCUUGUGCCACCAAGAAAAAUCAAUCAGUGUCAGGAGUGGAUUAUUUUUUGAAUUAUUAGCCAAAAGGGUCCCAUAGCCUUCCCCAAAACAUGAAACGAUUCCCAAUGCUCUUGUUACUGUCAGAUCCAAAAGAACUCCAUUUCCCCAAAUUUCAAAAAACAGAAGAGACGACUGUCUCUUCACCUCCUCCCCUACCCUAGACUCCCUUAGCUCAUGACGUCCCUCCUGCAGCCCUUCUUCUCCAGACCAGAGCAAGCCUGUUCAACAGUUUCCUCCACAACCUCUCUUCUGGGUCAGGUACACUGGUGACUCUGUCAGGAGGCAGGAAAGCAAACAGAAGAGCCAGGGAAGGAGCCAUGGACUAGGCCUUUCACAGUGAACUGUUCCCAGUCUAGCUACAGCUGCUUGGCUCAUACUCCUUUUCUUGGUUUUAUUUAACUCUAAACUGCUUCUUUCUCAUGUCUCUAAAACUUUUGCUAAAAUAUAAAUGUUAUAUCAAGA